AUGUACUGCCAGAAAUGUCGCACGCCUCUCAAGCUAGAUAGUUCUCUCGAAGAGCUUAAUCCAGCAGCAUACGAUCUUUUAGUAGGUUCUGCGGGUAAAUCUACACCUACGCAGCCUGAGGCCCUCGCUCGUUCGCGAUCCUCAUACCCCCCAGAGCGCAAAGAACGAUAUGAUCAGGUUUCCCAGCGCGCAGCCUCGCCGGUUUACAGAAAGGAUAUCCCGGCACCACGGCAUGGACGAGGUAGCCCUGACUCCGGGUCCGGUGGUCCGGCUCCUGGGAUGUCCUUUGUAAUGCUGAACGAGUCCCUACACUCUUCAUCUUACCAGCCAAAGGGACCCGGCCAGCAGAGAACGAAGCGCAAGGUGCAGGAUAAAUCAGAACUUCAACCCCAGAGCCAGGAAAUUCUGUUUGCAGACCAGGUUGAGCGGACUACACGAAUAUUCGAGAUCGUGUCAGCCCGUUCAGAUAUUGACCAUCCGAUAUGCGUUGACUGUACCGACAUGCUGGUUGACGGGCUCCAGAACCAGCUAACGAUAGCGACAAAGGAGCGUGAUGCGUAUAUUUCGUUUCUCAAAAGUCUAAAUACCUCUAUACCAUCGGCAGAUGAGAUGACAGCUGUAAAGGCAACUCUAGAUGCAACUCUCAAGGCUGAAGCUGAGGCCUUUGAGCAGUUACUUGAGCUGGAGGCUCAAAAGAGAGCAGUCGAUAAAGAGAUUGCGGAAUUAGAGGAAGAAUCAAGACAGCUGGACAUAGAAGAACAAAAGUUCUGGCAUGACCGGAAUGCGUUUGCAUUGACUCUCUCUGAAUUUCAGAACGAGCGAGAUGCUUUGAACGUGAAAUACGAUCAUGACUCUCGGCAACUUGAACGCCUGCAACGAACAAACCUGUUCAACGACGCAUUCUGCAUUAGCCACGACGGCUAUUUUGGCACCAUCAACGGUCUAAGGCUCGGACGACUAGCUAGUCCUCCUGUCGAAUGGUCGGAGAUAAAUGCUGCCUGGGGCCAAACGCUUCUCCUGCUCGCCACCAUUGCAGAACGGAUAGGUUUCCAGUUCCAAGGCUACAAGCUACGGCCCAUGGGCUCCACGUCUAGAAUCGAUAAAAUCGAAUACUCUCAACCGAACCAGUCACAGUCACAGUCAUCCCAAUCUACGCCUCGACAAGAUACCGUGCCUAACGGUGGGCCAAGCAAAAUACAACCCAAGGUCACCCCUCUUGACCUUUUUUCAUCCGGCGACCUCCUAUUAAAUUUACCUUGGCUUCACCGCCGAUUUGACGCUGGCAUGGUUGCCUUCCUCGAAUGCCUCCGACAACUGGGCAACCAGAUUGAAAAGACACCUACUUCGAUAUCCACCCCUGCAGAACCGUCUUCCUCUAGACCGGGAAACACACAACGACGUCAGAACCAAACUCAGGUGACAGGCCUAAAACUACCUUACGAAAUCAAGCGCGAUAAGAUUGGUGAUGCAAGUAUUAAGCUUGGCUUUAACCAAAGCGACGAAACCUGGACUCGUGCAUGCAAGUACACGCUUACAUGCUGUAAAUUCCUUCUAGCCCAUGCAAGUAAUGCUGGGCCUAGAAAAUCUAGCACCUAA